AUGAAAAAGACAAGCACGUUUCUAGUACUAUUCGUGUUGAUUGCAAUUUUUGCUGUAAUUUUUGGAAAAGUCAAAGGAGAGGCUUCCGUUGAUCAAUAUUCAAGCUCCGUAAACUUACUUGUGAGCGAUGAUGAGGUUCUCAAUGCAAGAAGUGAUGGAGCUGUAAAUUUGUAUGCUCAUUUGGACAAUGCUAUUUUGGGAGAAGGUGUUGCGAGUGCUUCAGAUGAAUUACUUGUCUACGACGAGAAUGAAGAAGAGAGGGCUAUUGGAGCUGCUUUGGCUGUACAAAAGCCUACCAAUACUAGACAACAAAGGCCUGUCACUACUACAACAAGACCAUCUAAAAAGUCAUUCGCUUCCAAGAAAAUACAAAAGAAAACAACCAAGCAUGGCACCAAGAAGAUAUCUACGACUGGAUCUAGCACCAAAAAGUCCACCAAAAAGAGUGCUACUACUACUAGUUCCAAGAAGACCGCCAAAUCGAAACCAUCUUCUCUCAAAAAGAUCAAAGUUUCUCGACGUAAAUCUUCAGUUCAUCCAAAAAUUGCUCAUGCCGUCAAGCUUAGUUCUCGUCGUUGGAACAAACUGAAGAACAUUUUCAGCAUUUCAGCAAUUGGUGGACCAGCAUUCCAUCCAUUCAGGAAUGAAAUGAUCUUUGUCUCGUCCUCUUCAGGAGUUUUCCAAAUUUACAAGAUUAAGAUUGAUAGAAAGAAGGGAAAGACUAUUGGUAAGCCAGUUCGUUUGGUUCAUACUAAAUUCAGAUGCUCGGCUCCAAGAUAUCUUCACGAUGGAUCUAUUUUGUAUUAUCAUGAUCGUGGUGGUAAUGAAAAUUUCCAAAUUGGUAUCAUUACACCUCAAUCCAAACACUUCUGGUUGACCAAAGACAUGAAGGCCAAGCACUUGAUUAAUCACGUCACAAAGAACCACUUGUAUUAUCAAUCCAAUGCUCGUAACAAGAAAUUCUUUGACUUGUACAGAAGACCAUUUCCAUUGAUUGGUAAGGACGGAAAGCCUUCUCCAGCUGAACGUAUCUACACACCUGAGACUGGAAUUCCACGUGCUACACUCAUGUCUUCGGAUGAAACACAAAUCGUGGUUGAACAACGAUACAGUAACGUUCACAAUGAAUUGCUCUUGAAAGAUCUUGUUGAUGGUACACUCACUCCAUUAACUAAACCACUCUGUGGUAAUGCUAAAUUGAGAUGGUAUCCUCUUCGUUUCUUGGAUCGUGGUCACACUAAAAUGUUGGUCAAUACGGACUACCAAUCAGACUUCUUGAGAUUGGCCAUUUUGGACUUCCAAGGUGACAUGAAAUCGAAUACUCCAAAAUUCGUGACUAUUCCAGAAAUGGAAAAGUACAAGCAUGAUGUUGUAGGUGUGUUGGGCAAUGCUCGUACGAGAUGGACCUAUCUUGAAUUCAAUGAAGGUGGUUAUAGCAAACUUUACAAGACCAGAAUUGGCCCAUCUGGCUUCAAAAAGCCACUCAUCCCAGUCCCACUGCCUCUUGAAAAUGGUGUCAUUGUACACGGCGACGCUCGUUCAUUCGGUCACAGUUCGUCCAUUACCCACGAUGGUAAUUUGAUGGCUGUUACCAUGACUGAUUCCACUCAUCCAGUUAAUAUUUACAUGCUUGAUCUGGAUCCAUACAAUAUCAGAUACAAGAAGAAGCAAAAGGCAAUCAGAAAGUUGGCACGUCAACAAGCCAAGAAGAAGGAAAAUGGUUCAACAGCAACCACUCUUGUUCCAAAACAAACCUUCAGACAUGUCGCCGUUUACUGGCCAUUGUUGUCUGAUGACCGUCUUCCAAAGAUUGUCCGAGCUGUUCAAGGCAAAUUUGUCAAGGAAAAGUUAGUGAGUGUGAGCAGCUUUGACGGACUCAUGAUUCCUUUCUUCAUGUAUUUGCCAUCUGGUGACGCUCCAGAGGAUGGAUUCCCAGCCAUUAUCAAAUUACACGGAGGUCCAGAGAGUCAGAGCAGACCUGUUUUCAGUCCUCUCAUUCAAUUUUUAGUCUUGUCAGGAUAUGCAGUCGUUGUUCCUAACGUCAGAGGUUCUAAGGGUUACGGCAGAAAAUACAUGGAUGCUGACAAUGUUGAAAAGAGAAUGCAUGCUGUCAAGGAUGUUGCUGCCAUUGCCACGUUCUUACAAAAGUUUAAGGGUAUUGAUGGAAACCGAUUAGUCCUUGGAGGAGGAUCCUAUGGAGGUUAUUUGACUAAUUUGUGUAUGACUCAAAUUCCUCAAUACUUCAAGGCCGGAGUGUCGAUUGUUGGUAUGACUAACUUGAUUACCUUCUUUAAGAAUACUGCAGAGUUCAGAAGAAGACAACGUUACGAAGAAUAUGGUAAUUAUCAUACCCAACAAGAAUUCCUCAAGAGUAUUUCGCCUGUGACAUAUAUCGACAAUGUCAUUGCUCCAAUGUUCAUCAUUCAAGGAAAGAAUGACGAAAGAGUGCCUGCAGAGGAAGCUCAAAACUGGUACAAGAAACUCAUCCAAGAAUCAACCAAGCCAGGAAAAAAUCAACUCAAAUACUCGAAAUUGGAACUCUUUGCAAAUGAAGGACAUGGUAUUUCAUCGCGAGAGAACAGACUUAAGGCAUAUCAUGAUUUAGUGAAUUGGCUCAACAAGGUUCUUUACGAGAAGACAAUAAUUCCAAAAGCAGCCACUGCUACAACCUUGUCUGCUUCGACACAAUCAGCCUCCACACAGGGAAAGAAACCCACUGCCAAAUAA